ACCCCGAAUGCCCACGCCUAGUUAUAAUCUAAACUAUUAUUUGAAAAAUAAAUUUGCUUACUUAUCAUAUUUUCCAUAAUUUUAGUUAAUUUGAUUAAUUGUCAUCUUUUCCGUGAUUUUAGGAUAAAUCAUCAAUUUAAUUAAUAUAUUAUUAUUAAAUUUUUUAUUUUGAUAACUAUAGAUUUAUCAUGAUAUUGAAGAUUAUUAAUAAAAAUUAACCUAUUCUAUUGAUACAUAUACUAUUAUUUUUCAAACAAUAUUUGAUAUAUAAUUAUCAUGAUAUUUAGUACAUUUAACUAAUAAAUAGAUAUUAACAAUUGAUAUAUAUAUAUAUUAACAAUAUUUACCAAGUUAAUUUACUUACUUGUCAUAUUCUUCAUGAUUUUAGUUAAUUUAAUAUUUGUCAUAUUUUCUAUGAUUUUAGGAUAAGUCAUUAGUUUAAUUAUUAUUAUUUAAUUUUUAUUUUGAUAUUUAUAUAUUUAUCAUGAUAUUUAAUAUAAUUAAUAAACAUUAAACUAUUCUAUUGAUAUAUAUAUAUAUACACUAUUAUUUCAAAAACAUAAUUAUCAUGAUAUUUAGAACAUUUAAUUAAUAAAUAGAUAUUAACAAUAUCUACCGAUAAUAUAAUCAUUUCAAUUUCACAUGAUUUCUUUUUCAAUGCAAAUGCAAUAUAUUUUUAAUUUUAAAUAUAAAUUUUCUAAUUUAAUUAUUACUAUAGAAAAUAUCUUGAUCCAAAAUUUACAUCACAUUAAUAAAACUAUGAAAAAGAACAUAAUUUAAUACAUUGAUUAUCAAGAUGAAUAUUAAAGUUUUAUAAUUGAUAAUAAUUUUAAAUUACUAUCAAAUUUAAUUACUAUUUUUUAUAAAAAUAAACAUUAGAAUUAAAAAAAAUUGUUAAGUAUAUAGAUAUAUUAAUCCGUACAAAGUUGUGGAAAAUCAACUAGUUAUAAUGUAAAUAAUACCAACCAAAGGACCGGGUAUUUCACUAUAAAUACCCUUCCUCUUUGGCUCACAUAAAGAAACGCUCACACUCUACUUUUCAAACAAAACUCUCUUCUCUAGUCUCUGCAAUGGCGCGACUUCUCUUUCGUCUUCUUCAAGAAUCCACCUCUCCGUCUCCGGCUGUAGUUUCUCCGACAUUAAACUCUAAUCUCAUAGUCAUCAUAGCUGCUCUUCUCUGCGCACUCAUUUGCGUCCUCGGCUUAGUCGCUGUCUCUCGAUGCACCUGGCUCCGACGUAUCGCCGCCCCGAACUCGGUCCAGACUCAUCAUCAACCGCCCGUAGCUGCGGCCAACAGAGGACUAAAGAAGAAAAUCCUCCGUUCUCUGCCGAAGCUCACCUACUCGCCGGAUUCUCCACCGGCGGAGAAACUAGUCGAGUGUGUGAUAUGUCUGACGGAAUUCGCCGCCGGCGACGAGCUAAGAGUGUUGCCGCAGUGCGGUCACGGUUUCCACGUAUCGUGUAUUGACACGUGGCUUGAGUCCCACUCUUCGUGUCCUUCCUGCCGUCAAAUCUUGGUGGUUGCCAGGUGUCAAAAAUGCGGGGGGUUACCUGGUAGCUCAAGCUCAGGAUCCGAACCCAAUACCGGAAUCACGCAACGCGAAGAUCCUAAUAACUUAUUACCUUGAUUGUGCUUAAUUUUGACCUUCCCUCAUUCUAUACACUAGCACUUGCUGGGCAUGUUAUAAUAUCUAAAGAAUGUUCAUUGUCAUCAUUUUAAUGGAUAAUGUUAAUCUGUCAUAUGUAUUAUUAACGUAUAUGCUUAUUUACUGUAAAUGGAUUAUGUAACGGAAAGUUCAUACAUUGAGCACUUUAUUUCUUUU